CUAAUGCUAAACUGCAUCCACUUGUAAAUAAAAAUUGACUUAGACAUUUAGAGGUCAAUUCAUGUCAAUCAAACGAAGUCUCUCCGUCCCAAUUAUUUAUCUUUAGAAGUGGUGAAGCACUCUUCUGGUGUGAACUCCAUCAUCUUCUAAAGCAGAAAUCAUAGUUUUUUGCCAAGCAAUGGCAGUCGCGACGAACGGCAAAGAACCUUCAUUGGGCGAGAAACCAGUGGAAGGUAUGGCCGAUGAAAAAGACGAGAUUUGCAUACCCAUGGCAAUGCUUCAUAGGAAAUUUUCAAGGUCUCCGGAUGCCUUCAUUUUCAGAGUCCCUUAUCAACUACGCCAGGUAAAUGAAAGAGCAUAUGAGCCUCGAGUAAUUUCGAUUGGCCCUUACCACCGUGGUAAAGCUCAUUUGAGGGCAAUGGAAAUCCACAAAUGGAGUUAUUUGAAAAUGCUUCUUCAACGAAGAAAAGAAGAUAGUCCGGUUAGAUAUGUAGAGGCCAUGAGAAACGAAGAAAAAGCUGCUCGGAGUUGCUAUGCAGAAACUGUGUAUAUGAGCACCCAAGAAUUUGUGGAGAUGUUGGUCCUUGAUGGUUGCUUUAUCAUUGAGCUAAUCCGCAAAUUUGCCUGCGAUGAACUCAAAGACGAGCACGACGAUCUUUUCAAGCGCAAUUUUAAUCUAUCCAUCGUAGGACAAGAGUUGCUGCUGGUUGAAAAUCAACUACCUUUCUUUGUGCUUGACCAGUUGUUUAAAAUGACCAAGACAGAAAAUGAAGAAGAAGCUUUCAACCACAUGGCUCUUCGUUUCUUCUCUGGAAUAGUUCCGGGGCCAGGGAUUCGAGUUGGAAAUAACCGUCGUUCUGUCCGAAAGAAGAGAAAAUGUAUCCUGCAUCUACUCGGGUUAGUGCAAGCCAAUUGGCUUCCCUCACCCGAAGGAAUAAAGCGUUCGGAGCAGCCUGUGACAGAUCGCAAGUGGAAUUUCAUACGUUCUGCCAAAGAGCUCCUAGAUGUAGGAAUCAAGUUCAAAAAGGCUAGCGGAGAGAAUAGCUUGUUUGAUAUCAAGUUUGAAAAGGGUCGAUUUCAGAUUCCCACCCUGACGAUUUACCAUGAUUCAGAGCGUAUCUUCCGGAACUUCAUUGCCUAUGAACAAUUCAACGAAGGUCCUACGUAUGUCAUGGAUUACACAAGAUUCAUGGACUGCCUCAUCAACUAUGGCGACGAUGUGGCAUUGCUAUCUCACAGUGGAAUCAUUGUUAACUGGUUAGGAAGCAAUGAAGAGGUUGCCCACAUGUUCAACAAACUGAAUGACUUUGUAUACUUGUCCACCUCCAACUUCUAUUACUCGGAGUUAUUUAAUGAUGUAAACAAGUAUUGCCGGGGUCGAUGGACGCUGUGGAAGAUCAAGCUGAGGAAUAAAUAUUUCGACACUCCAUGGGAUUGGGUCCUUACUUCUAUUAUAGCCGGAGCUAUCUUGCUCCUGCUAACCUUGGUGCAAACUGUUUUUGCAGUUCUUUCUUAUUUUAAGCAGGGCAAUUGAUUGCUCUUCCAGGUAGGAAUCCGGUUCAAGAAAGGUAAGGGGAACAGCCUGUUUGAUAGCAAGCUUGAAAUGGCGAAAAUGCAGAUGUUGAAUGAUUGUUCAUAACAUGGUGUAUUGCAAUUGAUUGUUCUUCAUGCACUCGUGUGUUUAUGUUGAAAGAUUGUCUUUAACAUGGUGUAUUGCAACUCUUGGGGUUUUUACACCCUUUGCUUCAAAUAAUUAAUUUCCAAAUUUUGUUA